GCCCUGGGCCUCAGAAAAUUUGGUUGGUGAGAAUUGCAGCCAAGCCAGCCAGCCACGAGCGCGAAGAAGAAGAAGAGGAGAAAGGGGAGGCGAACCAGCACUACAAGUCUAGCACAACCACCACCUCUCCUCUCCUCUUCUUCUCCUCCCACGUGCCACUUGGUUUUAUACCACACCGCCACUGCCCUGAAGCCGAGGUAGAUCAGGCGGAACAAACACGAGCUGCUGCUGUGUCCAUUGCUCGGGCUAGGAGAAGAGCAGCAUGGCGGGGGUACAGAUGAUGCUGGCGGCCGUGAACGUGGGGGCGGAAGGGAGCAUGGCGGGGCUGAGGAAGAGGCCCGUGGUGGCUUCUUCAGGGCUCAGUACUAGCAUGUUCGCUGGAGACUGGAGGAGGAGGCCUCGUCGGCCGUCGUGCUCGGUGAGGGUCCUCAGGCAGUGCCGGAGCAGCAGGAGCAGGGGGGGACUCGGCAUCGUCUGCAACCUCGGAGGGCAGUACGAGGACAGCUUCGAGGACGUGCAGUUGCAACUGAUGAAUUACUUCACAUACAAAGCUGUGAGGACCGUGCUUACCCAGCUCUACGAGAUGAACCCGCCAAGCUACCGUUGGUUCUACAACUUUGUUGCUGUCAACAAACCUACCGACGGCAAAUUAUUCCUUCGGGCUCUCGGAAAGGUACAUAAAUCCACGGCUGAUGCAGAUCUUCUUCUAAUUCAGGAGAGGCAGGAGCUUGCAGAACGAGUGAUGAUAACUAGGCUUCACUUGUAUGGAAAAUGGAUUAAGAAAUGUGAUCAUGCAAAGAUGUAUGAGAAGAUCUCUAACGAGAACCUGACACUGAUGCGGGAGCGGCUUAUGGAGACGGUAAUCUUUCCAACCGACGACACGAACACGGAGAAGAUUGGUUGAUGCCGAGGCACACGAUUCUUUUGAAAAGCUUAGCUCCAUAGGUAGAGCACUGUGGUUUCUACACCAGUCAGUCAGUUGUAUAUAAUUAAAGUUGUUGUAGAGAGUAUACUUUGGGCAGUGUUUAGGAAGACACUGCAAGCUGUUUCCUACGUCCUUGGCGUAAGCAGUACAAAAUCGCUUAGUGUAUGACACACAAUUUGAGGUGUUACAAUACUGAUGUGCCCUCCCUAGUUUCUACAGUUGAUUUAAGGGAAGCAAAAAUACUUCAAUUUGUAUGAAUAAUGAAGCUUGAAAUUCAGUUUGUCUGAAUUAUUUUGGAA